GCUGGUACCAUCACGUUCAACGACAAUUUUUGUUCCUGAAAUUGCUGCAUUAUUUUAGGUGUGCUGUCGGCAGAUGCCGCCUGGAUCAGUGCCCAUUUCUGCCAAACACUUUUUAAUACGCCAGCUCUGUGUUCUGAAAUGUCACAUCUGUUUGUUGGCCGCUUCCGCGGUUGUCAUAUGCCUCGCUAUACCCAGUUUCCAUCAUCUGGAGACCAUCUUGUUGGAUAGAAUUAUGGCCUAUGGUCGUAUUCCUGCCCUACUAAGUGAUUUGGUGAUGCUUGAAUCGAUGACCCUCCCCCUCGCGCUCCCCUUCUUCUUGGAUGACGAUUGGCAAGAGCUUAACAGCAUGUUCGCUGUACUUCAUCUUCCCAUGUUGCGGAAAUUCACUCUGGUAGGGGCGCCGGAGACACCGCAAGUUGAUUGUCUUUCGGCGAUGCUAGCAGUUGCAUCUUUCCGGGAGCCUUUGACACACCGCUGAGAAACGUUUAUAUGAACAAUAUUGCGCCGUUGCUCUCAAUUGUGGGAUAGGCUACUUUUCAUGGUAUCGGAAUUCGCGGCGAGUGAGGAAAUCGAAGCUACCUUUCUUGACCCAUGUAUACAUACACAUGAAGCAAUGAACUCUGUCGUGCCGGAUGCGAACCUGUGGAUUUCAGAUUACGGCGUGAUAAGAUUGUGAUGUAUCUGCAGGUGAGAGGUGUGGCUAAAGUUGAAGGUUUAUCUUCA